ACUCGUUGGUGCCUAUAAAUGGCUGCGCUGUGCUCAGAGAGGCAUCAGUCCGCUACCGCGGGACUCGGGGCUGUGUCAGUGCUGGAAGUGGAGCUGGAGCUGACCGAAGGAGCUGCCGCUGGGCCGGGGUGGAAUACAGCUCUGCACCGGGGUCUCAAGGAGGGGUGUGUUGCUGCUGGCUCACUGCGAGCCGCCUCCAGCCUGUGCCGAGGCGCCUUCCCGCCAGGCCGUCUGCCUCUGUCUUCCGCCUCCCUCCAUUUCCCCGGAAUUUCAGCCCGGCGCGGCUGGACCCUGGCUCUCCUGUGGGUGGGAGAGCCCCAGCCUUUUUCCUGCUUUACUCCUUUCCCUCAGGCUGGCCUUCCAGCCUUCUCUCGCCUUUUCCUACGGAGUGGGUCUCACCCUUUUCGGUCUUUAGCACAGGCUCCUUACCCCUCCCCUUUAGCCGAGUUCCAGCACCCUGGUGAUUUUCCUUAGCCAAAAGUCCUAUCCUUCCUCCUUUCCUUUGCCUGUGGCCCAGCCUACCCUGGCCCUUCCCCUUUCUUCAGGGCGCAGUUUCCCCGAUUUCCUUAUCUCAGCCUGAAGUUCUAGGUUUUUUGGGUUUCUUCCUUAGUCCCUCCAAGGUACUUACCUCUUUUGCAGUUUGAACUUUUCAGAUUGUGAAUCUCUAGAAAACGAAAAUACCUCUCUAAAACAUGAACUUUUCCUAGAGACUGCCCCAGUCUCACCCCAUCUGCAGACUCCUUGCUACCUAUGUCCCAGGUCUUACACACACUUCGCUAAGGGGUGAGACCUCCUAGGCUGGGGGAUCAGUAUGAUGCUUCGGUGGUCUGGCAUCCGGGGACUUUACCCACCUCGGAUCUUCCCCUCCUUGCUGGUGGUGAUUGCCUUGGUGGGGCUGCUACCUGUUCUCAGGAGCCACGGCCUCCAGCACAGCCCUACUGCCAGCACCAUCAGAGGUUCUGAACCACCCCGGGAACGCUCAAUUGGGGAUGUCACCACGGCUCCAUCAGAGCCUCUCCACCACCCAGACGACCGCAAUUUGACCAACUUAAUCAUUGAACAUGGCGGUAAGCCAUUUCGAAAAGCCUUUCCAGUCCUGGACAUUGACUACUUACAUGUGCGCACACCCUUCGAGAUCUCCCUCUGGAUCCUCCUGGCCUGCCUCAUGAAGAUAGGUUUCCAUGUGAUCCCCACCAUCUCGAGCAUCGUCCCGGAGAGCUGCCUGCUGAUCGUAGUGGGGCUGCUGGUGGGGGGCCUGAUCAAGGGCGUCGGAGAGACGCCCCCCUUCCUGCAAUCAGACGUCUUCUUCCUCUUCCUGCUGCCGCCCAUCAUCCUGGAUGCAGGCUACUUUCUGCCUCUGCGGCAGUUCACGGAGAACCUGGGCACCAUCCUGAUCUUUGCUGUGGUGGGCACACUGUGGAAUGCUUUCUUCCUGGGUGGCCUCUUGUACGCCGUGUGCCUGGUGGGCGGCGAGCAGAUCAACAACAUCGGCCUGCUGGACACCCUGCUCUUCGGCAGCAUCAUCUCCGCUGUGGACCCGGUAGCCGUGCUGGCUGUCUUCGAGGAGAUCCACAUCAAUGAACUGCUACACAUCCUUGUCUUCGGGGAGUCCCUGCUCAAUGAUGCCGUCACUGUGGUCCUUUAUCACCUCUUUGAGGAGUUUGCCAGCUAUGAGUCUGUGGGCAUCUCGGACAUCUUCCUCGGCUUCCUGAGCUUCUUCGUCGUGGCCCUCGGCGGGGUGUUUGUGGGCGUGGUCUACGGGGUCAUCGCAGCUUUCACCUCACGAUUUACCUCCCACAUCCGGGUCAUCGAGCCGCUCUUCGUCUUCCUCUACAGCUACAUGGCUUACCUAUCAGCUGAGCUCUUCCACCUGUCUGGAAUCAUGGCCCUCAUCGCCUCAGGAGUAGUAAUGCGCCCUUACGUGGAAGCCAACAUCUCCCACAAAUCGCACACCACCAUCAAGUACUUCCUGAAGAUGUGGAGCAGCGUCAGCGAAACCCUCAUCUUCAUCUUCCUCGGUGUCUCCACCGUGGCCGGCUCUCACCAGUGGAACUGGACCUUUGUCAUCAGCACCCUGCUCUUCUGCCUCAUCGCCCGGGUGCUGGGCGUUCUGGUCCUGACCUGGUUCAUCAACAAGUUCCGCAUUGUCAAGCUGACCCCCAAGGACCAGUUCAUCAUCGCCUAUGGCGGCCUGCGAGGGGCCAUCGCCUUCUCGCUGGGCUACCUCCUGGACAAGAAGCACUUCCCCAUGUGUGACCUGUUCCUUACGGCCAUCAUCACCGUCAUCUUCUUCACAGUCUUUGUGCAGGGCAUGACCAUCCGGCCUCUGGUAGACCUGUUGGCUGUGAAGAAGAAGCAAGAGACAAAGCGUUCCAUCAACGAGGAGAUCCACACACAGUUCCUGGACCACCUUCUGACAGGCAUCGAGGACAUCUGUGGUCAUUAUGGCCACCAUCACUGGAAGGACAAGCUCAACCGUUUUAAUAAGAAGUAUGUGAAGAAAUGUCUGAUAGCUGGAGAACGCUCCAAAGAGCCCCAGCUCAUUGCGUUCUACCACAAGAUGGAGAUGAAGCAGGCCAUUGAGCUGGUGGAGAGUGGCGGCAUGGGCAAGAUCCCGUCUGCUGUCUCAACCGUCUCUAUGCAGAACAUCCACCCCAAGUCUGUGACUUCAGACCGCAUCUUGCCAGCACUAUCCAAGGACAAAGAGGAAGAGAUCCGCAAAAUCCUGAGGAGCAACCUGCAGAAAACUCGGCAGCGGCUGCGGUCCUAUAACAGACACACGCUGGUGGCCGACCCCUACGAGGAAGCCUGGAACCAGAUGCUGCUCCGGAGACAGAAGGCUCGGCAGCUAGAGCAGAAGAUCACCAACUACCUGACGGUACCAGCCCACAAGCUGGACUCGCCCACCAUGUCUCGGGCCCGCAUAGGCUCAGACCCACUGGCCUAUGAACCCAAGGCAGACUUGCCUGUCAUCACCAUCGACCCAGCCUCCCCACAGUCCCCUGAGUCUGUGGACCUAGUGAACGAGGAGUUGAAGGGCAAGGUCCUUGGGCUAAACCGGGGUCCCAGGGUGACUCCAGAGGAGGAAGAGGAAGAUGAGGAUGGCAUCAUCAUGAUUCGGAGCAAGGAGCCCUCCUCCCCAGGCACCGACGAUGUCUUUACCCCUGGACCAAGUGACAGCCCCAGCUCCCAGAGAAUACAACGCUGCCUCAGUGACCCAGGCCCCCACCCUGAGCCUGGGGAGGGAGAGCCUUUCAUCCCCAAAGGGCAGUAGAGCCAGGCUAGUGGGUGUCCCAUAGACUCUCCCACAAGAGUGGGGGCUGGGCGCUCCUCUUGUCUCCUGACCUGGAUUGGCUCUGCCCUCUUUCUACGCAUGGCAGCUGGGUCCACAGCCCCCACUGCAGCACGGCUUGCCCUGCCUCCUGGGAAGUGUCCUCUCCUACCAGAACUGCCUUCCCAAUUCAUCCAUUUGGCAGAACAACUGGGCUGGUGGGGCAGGCCCUGCCCCAUCUCUAGAUCCAGGCUCGCCCAUAGUGGAGCCAGGGCUCCUCAAGGCCCUCCCUUCCCUCCAGCCCCUCCCCAUCCAGACCAACUUUUGUCCUUGAUCAUCAUUUCUAACCAAAGAGCCACUGGCUCCACUGUGGUCCUACCAGGAAAGGAGGGAACUGAACCUUCCUUGGCCGUGACUGGGCCCUCCUAUAUCAGAGGACAGCAGGCUUCUGGCUGGGAAACAGACGGGUGAGCAUGGCAGAGCCACGCUCCCGCUAGCCUCGGUGCUCUGGCCAGCCACCUGAGCUGUCCUUACUCGGAGCUGCAGGCUGAGGGCAUCUCUGAGCUUCUCUGCUGGGAACUGGGGCACAUUCAACAGUGAAGUGACUUGGGUGAUGAGGACCACUGGGCCUUUCUGGGGUUUACACGGGAGGGGCUGACGAGGCUCCGGAAAGUGUCGUCUUCUUACAUUUGGUUUAUUUGCACCUCCAUGUAAGUAUGAUUCUGUUUGCACAGAGGCACUCCUGUUUUCAGACCCUUGGAAUCCUCCGUGCCAGUCAGAGUUCCACCCUUCCCCCUCGUCCAUCCUCACGUCUAACAGCCUCCCUUAAAUGGGACCUCUGCUUCCUGGGCCCUUGCCCACAGCACUGGUUCACACGUGGCCCAAACUGUCAUGACUCAAGCUCACAGCAAGGGGCCUCCUGCUACCUCCCUUGCUCUUGGGCCUGCUUUUACUUCUGUUGGCCAGUUCUACCACCACCCCUUAUCUGGACCACUCUCUUUCCUGCAUCCUGUAGAGUAGACAGUACUGGACCACUCUCUCCUGCAUCCUGAAGAGUAGACAGUACUGGACGCCCUAGAGGCCUUUGCUCACAGGCACACACUCCCCACCCAUCAUGGCUGGGGCCAAGCCCACGGGUGUCUGUCCAACCCCUGAGCACUCCCUCCCUAGGAUCGUGCAAUAGUCAGAGGGGUCCCUCCCAGGGGAUGGGACCAUGGGUGCUCAGUCCAGCUGUCUCCUCUCCAUGCAAGUGCUGUUCUGGGCAGGAGUUGCCAUGCAAGGUGACAUCGACAACCAUGUAGAAAGCCACCGCAGCUGCUGCCGCUCUGCCGCCUGUACAAAGGAAACUGAACCUUUUUCAUAUUCUAAUAAAUCAAUGUGAGUU